GUUUGUGGGGAAGCGAAACUGGGGGAGGAGGAGGCGGCUCUGGCAGCGGCAGGGCCAGGCCUGGUGGCGGCGGCAUCGGCGGCCUGAUCCCCCCCUCUCCGCUCCUUGGCAGCUCGCCCUCUUCCCUCAGCCAACAAUGAGGAGGAGAAAUGAUUCAGAAUGCACUGCCCCUCUCAAGAAACAGAAGAAAAGAGUUGCAGAGCUUGCUCUGAACCUCAGCUCUACAUCUGAUGAUGAACCUCCCUCCUCUGUCAAUCAUGCAGCAAAAGCAUCUGCUACAAGCCUAAGUGGGUCUGACAGUGAGACUGAGGGGAAGCAACGCAGCUCAGACUCUUUUGAUGAUGCAUUCAAAGCAGACUCUCUUGUGGAGGGAACUUCUUCUCGCUAUUCCAUGUAUAACAGCGUGUCCCAGAAGCUUAUGGCCAAGAUGGGCUUCAAGGAAGGUGAAGGAUUGGGUAAAUACAGCCAGGGUCGGAAAGACAUCGUUGAGGCCUCUAAUCAGAAAGGUCGACGAGGCUUGGGUCUGACGCUGCAAGGCUUUGACCAAGAGCUGAAUGUGGACUGGCGAGCUGAGCCAGAGCCCAGUGCCUGUGAGCAGGUGUCAUGGUUCCCAGAAUGUACCACUGAAAUUCCUGACACUCAGGAAAUGAGCGAUUGGAUGGUUGUGGGAAAGAGAAAGAUGAUUAUUGAAGAUGAAACAGAGUUUUGUGGGGAAGAGCUGCUUCACAGUGUGUUGCAAUGUAAGGGUGAUGCUCACCUUCAGGUUCUGAUUCUCUCUGGGCAGAAUGUGUUUGAUGUCCUGGAUGGGGAGGAGAUGCGGCGAGCUCGGACCCGGGCCAAUCCCUACGAGAUGAUCCGAGGAGUCUUCUUCCUAAACAGGGCGGCAAUGAAGAUGGCUAACAUGGAUUUUGUGUUCGAUCGCAUGUUUACAAAUCCGAGGGACUCUUAUGGGAAACCACUGGUGAAGGACCGGGAAGCUGAGCUUCUAUACUUUGCUGACGUCUGUGCAGGCCCAGGUGGCUUCUCGGAGUAUGUGCUGUGGAGGAAGAAGUGGCACGCAAAGGGCUUUGGAAUGACUCUGAAGGGUCCUAACGAUUUUAAGCUGGAAGACUUCUACUCGGCCUCCAGUGAGCUCUUCGAACCCUACUAUGGUGAGGGUGGGAUCGAUGGAGAUGGAGACAUCACCCGCCCGGAGAACAUCACUGCUUUUCGGAAUUUUGUCCUGGAUAACACAGAUCGCAAGGGUGUCCACUUUCUGAUGGCUGAUGGGGGUUUCUCAGUGGAAGGACAGGAGAACCUGCAGGAGAUCCUCAGCAAACAGCUGCUGCUCUGUCAGUUCCUCAUGGCGCUGUCCGUUGUCCGGACAGGAGGCCACUUCAUCUGUAAAACCUUUGACCUCUUCACACCUUUCAGUGUGGGGCUCAUCUACCUGCUGUACUGCUGCUUUGAACGAGUAUGUCUCUUUAAGCCGAUCACCAGCCGUCCUGCCAACUCAGAGAGGUAUGUGGUGUGCAAGGGCCUGAAGGUGGGCAUCGAUGACGUGCGGGAUUACCUCUUCUCAGUCAAUAUUAAACUCAACCAGCUGCGGAACACCGAUUCCGACGUCAACCUUGUGGUCCCCUUGGAGGUGAUCAAGGGAGACCAUGAAUUUACUGACUACGUGAUACGGUCCAAUGAAAGCCAUUGUAGCCUGCAGAUCAAAGCUCUGGCCAAAAUCCAUGCCUUUGUUCAAGACACGACACUAAGUGAGCCUCGGCAGGCAGAGAUCCGGAAAGAGUGCCUCCGGCUUUGGGGGAUCCCAGACCAGGCUAGAGUUGCUCCUUCUUCCACAGACCCAAAAUCUAAGUUCUUCGAGCUAAUCCAGGGCACCGAGAUCGACAUCUUCAGCUAUAAGCCCACGCUGCUUACUUCCAAAACCCUGGAGAAGAUCCGCCCAGUGCUCGACUACCGCUGCAUGGUGUCUGGCAGUGAGCAGAAGUUCCUCAUCGGCCUGGGGAAGUCUCAGAUCUACACAUGGGAUGGCCGCCAGUCAGACCGCUGGGUCAAGCUGGACCUGAAGACAGAGCUACCUCGGGACACUCUGCUCUCUGUGGAGAUUGUCCAUGAGCUGAAAGGGGAGGGGAAGGCCCAGCGGAAGAUUAGUGCCAUCCACAUCCUCGAUGUCCUUGUGCUGAAUGGCAGCGACGUGCGGGAGCAGCACUUUAACCAACGAAUUCAGCUUGCUGAGAAAUUUGUGAAAGCUGUUUCCAAGCCCAGUCGGCCUGACAUGAAUCCCAUCAGGGUGAAGGAGGUAUACAGGCUGGAGGAGAUGGAGAAGAUUUUUGUCAGGUUGGAAAUGAAGAUCAUCAAGGGCUCCAGUGGCACGCCAAAGCUCAGCUAUACAGGGCGGGACGACCGGCACUUUGUACCCACUGGCCUCUACAUUGUCAGGACAGUGAAUGAGCCAUGGACUAUGGGAUUCAGCAAAAGCUUCAAGAGGAAGUUCUUCUACAACAAGAAAACCAAGAACUCUACCUUUGACCUCCCUUCAGACGCCAUUGCUCCAUUUCACAUCUGCUACUACGGCCGGCUCUUCUGGGAGUGGGGGGAUGGCAUCCGUGUGCAUGACUCCCAGAAGCCCCAGGACCCAGACAAGCUGUCCAAGGAGGACGUCCUCUCCUUCAUCCAGACGCACAGCGCCUGAGGAUGCCCUCCCCUGCCGAAUGCCCUGUCGUUCCCUGAGCCUGGCCGUGAGGUUGGUGGCCUCCUCUGAAGAGCUCAGUUGGGGCCUUCUGGGACACUUUUUGGAAUUCCCUCCCCGGAGCCCUGCCUGGGAACUGUCUCCCCUGCUGGGACUCAGCCUGAAGGAUGUAGCUCCUACAGCACGUUUGAGGUCAGGGCCCAGGGCACAUGGGGCCAGUGGAGGAUGUGUCUGUCAGAGGGCAGCAGGGCUCUGCCAUUCCUUCCUGUAUCCUGUAGACUCACUUUUCUGAGUUCCACACAGUGCCCUGAGGGCGGCCAUGCUCCUGCUUUGCCCAACUUUUUAUUGGGCCGACCCUGAGAGGCAGGAGGCCUGCUGUUGUGAGCUGGCCAGGAGCAGCUGCUAUAUAAAUCAAGGUUUUGUUUCUUUGAACUUGCUCUGUUUUGAUGCCAAGUUGGAGAUUUUGUCUCCUCCCCCUACCCUCUCCUGGUCUUCCCUGGAGUUCUUCCCAGCCCAAACCUCUGACCGUCCCGCAGGCCGGGAAGGGAGGCAUGUGGACCCCACAUCUCUGACACCACGUCAGGAUGCAGGUAGCAUUGUCUGGUGGUAGGUGCGACUGCUUCCUGGGGUUGUAGAGCCUUCCUGGGCCUCACCCCUUUUGAUCCAAACCUCGGGCAGCUCUAGAAGGGGAGGAAGCAGCCUUGAAGACCUGCCAUUUUCUAUGCGCCAAACAGUAGUGGCCCCACUGUAACAGAGGUCCUGUUGGGUUGGGUUGCACUCAGUCCUCUGGCAAUCAUGGCACUCCCGCUUGUUCCAGCCACCUUGCCACCCUCCCCCCUCCGUUUUUUCAUCCCCAGCAGGAGGCACAGUUGCUUUUGUUUGUCCUUUUGUGGUCACUCCAUUUCCUCUGUCUUGGCGGGGUGGAGGGGGAAGCUGGGCAGUAGCUUUGGGUGGGGGAGGGAACCUGUGGUUGUUUUUAAUGGGAAAUACCUCUCAGAGAUGCUCCUGUGGGCUCUCUAGGGUCUCAUCCCAGUGCUAGACUGGUUUCCAUGGAGAUAGAGGGCACUGAGGCUCCCCAUGAGGUUGGAAGUGACUCCACCUCAGGGGUCUCAGGCCAGCAUCCCCCAGGCUGUCAGCAGCACCGCUGAGAUGCUGUAUUUCCACCCAAUUCUGGGUAUCAGUGUGUCUUGCAGAAUCUUGGAUCAUUAAAGAUAAACAUAUUUUUAA